GCCAUGCACUAGGCUGGGCAUGGGAACAUGCCAAGUGUAAAAUAAAGCACCACUUUUUUGUUUGCUUUUUUGAACAACUUCACGCAGCCUUUUACAAGAUAGAGAGACUAAGAAACUGGAUAAAAUUCAGAAAAGAUUAGCAAAAAUCACCCAGGAACUGAAGGGACUGAAAUAAAGGAAAUACUGAGAUGAAUAUGUACCUGAAGAAUCCUUAGAAAACUGAAGUAGACCUAAGUCUGUAAGUAGUAGUUGAACUGUUUAAUAACUGAGUAGUGAAGGAAUGUUAUUUAGAAUGGAUCAGGGCGGUAUAAGAUGGACCAAUAACAUGAAAUUAAGAACAGAUGUAAUGUGAAAAUCAGAGUAAAGCUUGUUGGAAGGCCUUUGUCUUAGUAGAAGUCACUAAGAAAGGAAUUACAGAGAAGAAUUCUACCUGAGGUAAUUGAUUGGGCUAGGUAAUUAAUUACAUGACCAUACAAGUCUUCUCCAUUUCUGCCUUCUCAUCCAACAUGGAACACCAGGAAAUCUCGAGGUUAUGCAAGCAAAUGGCAUAGAUGAACGUACAAACCUUAUCGUGGAAGAAUACUCAACAUCUGGUCGCCUGGACAACAUUACACAGGUCAUGAGUUUACACACUCAGUACUUGGAGUCUUUCCUCCGCAGCCAGUUUUAUAUGUUGCGUAUGGAUGGACCCCUUCCUUUGCCCUAUAGGCACUACAUUGCUAUAAUGGCUGCUGCCAGACAUCAGUGUUCCUAUCUAAUAAAUAUGCACGUUGAUGAGUUUCUGAAGACUGGUGGGAUUGCAGAAUGGUUAAAUGGAGUGGAAUAUAUACCACAAAGACUGAAAAACCUGAAUGAAAUAAACAAACUUCUUGCACACCGGCCCUGGCUAAUCACAAAAGAGCACAUUCAGAAACUUGUCAAGACUGGGGAAAAUAAUUGGUCUCUUCCUGAACUGGUGCAUGCUGUGGUCCUGUUGGCACAUUAUCAUGCCUUGGCGAGUUUUGUCUUUGGUAGUGGCAUUAAUCCCGAGAGAGAUCCAGAUGCCUCUAAUGGGGUCAGACUUAUAGCAGUCAACAACUUCUGUGUCUGUGAUCUUGCCAAUGACAACAAUAUAGAGAAUGCAUCCCUCAGAAGUAGCAGCUUUGGGAUGGUAGAUUCUUUAAGUGAGCUGGAGGCCUUAAUGGAAAGAAUGAAGCGCCUGCAAAAAGACAGAGAGGAUGAAGAGGCUACUCAGGAAGAGAUGGCAACUCGUUUUGAACAGGAAAAGAAAGAGAGUCUUCUUGUAGUUACUGGAGCAUUUGAUGAUGAGAUGGUAUCCAUGGAUGUGUCCCGCUACAUUGAAGAUCCUGGUUUUGGGUACAAAGACUUUGCCAGACGGGGAGAAGAACACCUGCCAACAUUCCGGGCUCAGGACUAUACCUGGGAAAAUCAUGGCUUCUCUCUUGUGAACAGACUUUAUUCUGAUAUUGGGCAUCUCCUGGAUGAGAAGUUUCGGAUGGUCUACAACCUCACUUACAACACUAUGGCUACACAUGAAGAUGUUGACACAACAAUGUUAAGAAGAGCUUUAUUUAACUAUGUCCACUGUAUGUAUGGAAUCAGGUAUGAUGACUAUGAUUAUGGAGAAGUUAAUCAGUUACUUGAACGCAGUCUGAAGGUUUACAUUAAGACAGUGACCUGCUACCCAGAGAGAACUACCAAGCGCAUGUAUGAUAGUUACUGGCGUCAAUUCAAGCACUCAGAGAAGGUCCAUGUAAAUCUGCUAUUAAUGGAAGCACGUAUGCAAGCAGAACUUCUAUAUGCCCUUCGUGCCAUAACUCGUCAUCUGACCUGAAGCAUUUGUAGGGAGAGGGCCGAGAAGUCCUUAACAAUAUGUAAAGACCUUUUGAAAUAGAUACACACCAGAAGCUGUUUGUGAUGUAGCAUCAGGUUAUUCAAUUCUCUAGUGUCAAAGUUUAGCCGUGUUUUUGGCGGCUGUAAUGUGCAAUGACGUGUUUUUAUUUUCUUGAUGCUUAACAUUACUAAUGAUAGCAAAAAUAACACUGAGGAGCACUAGUCCUACAUUCUUUUUUUCUGGUUGGAUUUCUGGACACUGGUCAAAAUCCUGAAAACAGGUUGUUUUACUUUAGCGCUUUGUUUUACUCACAGAAACAAAGCACUUGCAUCUUGAUUUUUUUGUUUCAAGCAAUCAGUUUUCAGAUUAAUGGAAUCCAGCAGUGGAUCUUUUUUGAAUGUUCUGAAAAAUCUUAAUACUGUGUCAUAAAUCUAGUAGAGAGAAGCAUGCGCUGUGUUAAAUGAAUUGCCCACUGGAUUCUUGGUUGUCUCCUGGAGACUGUUUAUCAGGCACUGUUUUUACUACAGCAGUUGAAGGUGAUGUGAAAUGUGAUUCAAAUGUUGUCCAUACUUUUAAUGUGAAAUUAAUCAUGAUAAAUUCCACAGCAUGCUACUGAAAUGCAAAGUUCAGCUUCUUCUUUCCUCUUUCCAAAAAAGAGGUUUCACAAUUAAUUUGAGCUGUACAUAUUAUGUUUCAAUCAUGCAUAGCAAUCUUCUUACUGAGUCACCCUCUGUCAAAUUCUUUACAUUAUCUGUUCUCAUCAUAACAUUGCUUGCAAUUCCCUUAGUUGGCACCUGUAUACUUAAUACACAGACUGACCAAAAAUUUGUAUUUGCGCUCUCCUUUGUCCAGUGCUUUUUUUUAAAGUAUGGAAAGCAAAGGAAGACUAACAUAGUUGUUUUCUUUUCCUAUUGGAUGUAUAGAAAUUUAUUACCCAUAAUUUCUUUCAUAGUGUGAAUGUGUUAAUAUUCAAGUUAAAAAUUGUGUUUCUAUGCAUUAAUGUGAGUGAACAAAAGAAAAGUGCAAUAUUUAAAAAGAAAGCAAGCUUUUCCCUGUUACAUCACUACUAAAGUGUCCUUUCUUUGAACAGCCGUAAAGAAAUAUUUAAAACCAAAUUCCUUUAUGGUCUGAGGCUUAGCAUUUUUGCUCCAGCUUGUACAGCUUGAAGCAAUCUGAUAUUUAGAUGCCAAAGCACCCCACAAAUAAAGCCAAUUUGGACAACUGGUAACUUUGGGGAAGGGAAGAAGUAAGCUGCCAAAAAUGUCACAUUUCUGCAUUAUUUUGUUACUUAACUAGAUUAAUUUUAAGAGCACAAAAUUUCAGUGUUUAUAGCUUUACUUUGUAUUAUGUUUAAUGACCAGUGAAGUGCCUAAAGAGAUGCAUAAAUUUACCCAGUAGGAAACAAUUGUCACUGCUAAAUCUUUUUUUUUUUUUGGGGGGGGGGAGAGGGGAGGAAGAGGUGUUUCCUUUUCUUUCUUUCUUUUUUUAACUCUGAGGGUGACUUUAUUUUGCUCUUACAUGCAUUACAUACAUAAAAUUAACAGGUUAUUUAAAGUUGCAUUGAAUUGUAAAAGACGAUAUAGGAAAAAAAUUUCCAUUGAAGACUGCAGAAUAAGUUUUUAGUUAAUGACUAGUCAUUUUUAACACUUUUCAUUUGAAAAAAAAAUCAUGGACCAUUAUGCUAUUAAAGUUAGUUUCCUGUCUCCUUUUUUUUCCUAAUAACUUGCUAUGACAUCACAUAUUGGGUUUUUUGCUUUAGCUAUCUGUUCCAGAUUGGAAAAGUAAAUGAUUGUACACUUUAUACAUUGUUUCUGCACUUUUGGACUGCAGACUAUUUGCAUGAAAAACCUUGUGAGGGAGAAAUUAUUAAAAAUUUUAAAGUUAGGGUUGGUUAUUUAAGGACUAUCCAACAAAUUGUACAUCAGAAUCCCUUCUGUAGGAAACAUUGCAUAAACCAUAAAAUGUAUUUAUCUUGUUUAGCUAACUACAAAGACUAUUCAGAAGUGUUGAGAGGCUCAUAUGUAUACACUUAGAUUUUACUUCUUUCUAAUUUAUAAUCCUUUUUUUUCUUUACUAUAGUGGCUGUACCUAAUGGUUUUAUGCUUGGAAAUAUUCUCUUUGCUAAGAGAUUUUCUUUUCAUUAGUAGUUUGACCUUUUAGUGAUGGAAUCCAUAUAGUAAUACUAAAUUAAACUCCUCCAAUAUAAGAAGCCAGAUAGUUCUCAAAGCACAGUUGAACUUUUGGAAAGAAGGUGAAACUAGAUUUAGGUAACAACCACUUAAUUUCUCUUCAAAAAUGCAAGGGUUUUAGAGUAGCUUUGAAUCGUUAGUGCCUUUGCUUUUAGAUUUUGCCUAUAGAAUUUCCUUUACCUUUCCAGCUCAAAUGCCUUCUCAGCAAUUUAUGUGAUUAGACUUGGAAAUAUAUAAACUAUAAGUGAAUUGAUUUUUUUUUCCAUCAAAGUACUAGUGAAUCAAUAAUAGUGAAGAAAUAAACUUGAUUUUAGAAGGUGCCAUAUCUAAUCAUAUAUGGCCCAUGUCACAUUCCAAGUUAGGAAGUGUCAUUUUACAACUAGUUUGCUGUAACUUUUUCUAUAUAAAAUGCAAACUUGAAAGUUACAAAGCUGUUUUCCAGGUGGUGUUUUUCAGAGUAUAGCAUUUACUAUGUAAUGAUUUAUAGCCUAGCUUUUAUACUCAAAAUGUGAUAUUUUUAAAAUUAUAGAUGUUUGUUAAAGUUAUACGAUUAUACCGUAUACUUUACCUACACUUUAGGCUCACAUUGUGCCAAAUUUAAAUGUGCAAAUGUUUUGUUGAGGAAACAAAAGCAUGUGUGAAUGUGAAUCCUCAAACUUCAUUGCUUAUUAACUUCCAUUGUCAAAAAUGUACCUUAAUAAUUCUUGGAGGUAUAUGCUCAGAUAUUGUCUCUUUGCUGUCCCUUGAUGGGCUUUGUUUACCAGAAUUAAUAUUAGUCACCAAGUCUCAGUCUUCGCUAAGAUAAAACUAAAAUGUAUUGUCUCCUUUUCUGCUGAAGAACAAGUACAGAAUGUGCUUUAUUACUUUUUUAAAAUUGCUUUUCUAUAAGGAAGGCAAGUGGAAAAUUACAAUUUGGAAAAGGUAUUUGCAUUAGCUCAGUAUUCUGUGAAAUAUAAAACUGGCAGUUGGACAUCAUGGGAUUAUAGUCAUGCAACAGCAGAGCCCAUUUUAAUCUAAAUAAGACAGGAUUGAUGCUAACAGCAGGCUCUUGAAACUGUUGUAGAGCCCCACAGGAACCGAUUUUUGAAAUAUUUCCAAAGUUCAUUGAAAUCAGACAAGAAGACUGAUUCUGCAGUUAGAGUGUACACAGAACCAGCAUAAAAAUUAGAGAGAAUCAUGCUCACAUUUUUAAAAUUGCAAAAAGUGUCCCCAUCAGCUUUUACUCUGCAAAACUUAGUUUAAUGUUGUAGCAACAGGAGACUUAUAAAUAUACAGCAAAUCUAAAAAAUUAAGUAUUUUGGGCUACUUACAAACUAUAGGCCAAUGAGGCAGUUGGGGGGGUGGGCAGGCAGGAAAGAAAGUGAGAUUCUCUUCUAAAUGGUUUAAAUGGAGAAAGAAAAAGGACAAGUACUUCAAAGGUAUUUAGGUGCCUAAAGAAGCAAGGACCUCCAUGGAUUUUUGUUGACUUCAGUUGCAAUUAGGUACCAGUGUGCU